AUGCAAAGUAAGCUGUACACCGAGGUUGGAUACUACGUCAGAGAAAAGAUCGAUAGAAGAGUUCCUCUGAAAGACUUUCUGGACUACUCGUCUGUUUCUGUGCCCGUUAAUCUGGAAGAGGGAAAAUCCAGAAUAGUCAUCAAUUAUGGAGCCAUGGGCGGUAACUAUCUGGUUGUCUUUGGAGUUCUCCUGUGUCUAUUCCUUGUCCUGCACCCCGCACUCAUCAUUCCCAUAGGGAUAUGCUUUGGGCUUCUCUACAUCGCAACGGAAAAUGAUAGCGAGUCGAUCAAUAUAAUGGGAAACGAGCUCAAAAAGCUCCAUCUUUACUGCGUGGCGGUGGGUGUUCCUGUUCUCUUCUUCAUAUUUAUGCCCAGCUCUCUUGUCUCUCUUUUCUUCACCCUUGCUCUGAGCAUUCUGCUGUGCAUUGGGCACAUGGUCAUAUACAAGCCCCCAGCUAACGCGAAUGAAGAGCACAUAUAA